GGGUUCGGAGCCCGGGCGCCGGAGGCAGAGCGGGCCGGGUACCGGGGGCGGGAGCUCUCACGGCGGCGCCGGUCCAGCCAGGUGAGAUGCGGCGGCUGCUGCUGCUGCUGCUGCUGUGGCUCUGGGGGCCGCUCGGUGCCCUGGCCCAGGACGCCCCAGCGGGGACAGCUCAGGCCGAGGACGUGGUGGACUUGGAGUUUUCCACCGAGCGGCCGCUCCAUCUCCUGAGUCCCUCGUUCCUGUCCGUGACCAUCGACGCCAGCCUGGCCACUGACCCGCGGUUCCUCACCUUCCUGGGUUCUCCAAAGCUUCGGACUUUAGCCCGAGGUUUAUCUCCUGCAUACUUGAGAUUUGGUGGAACCAAGACAGACUUCCUUAUUUUUGAUCCCAAGAAGGAACCAACUUUGGAAGAAAGAAGUUACUGGCAAUCUCAAGUCAACCACGACAUUUGCCGUUCCGAGCCUGUCUCUGAGGAUGUGAUGAGGAGACUCCAGGUGGAAUGGCCCUUCCUGGAGCUGUUGUUGCUCAAAGAACAGUACCAAAGAGAGUACAAGAACAGCACCUACUCAAGAAGCUCAGUGGACAUGCUGUACAGCUUUGCAAAGUGCUCAGGGUUAGACCUGAUCUUUGGUCUAAAUGCAUUACUAAGAACACCAGACUUGCAGUGGAACAGCUCCAACGCUCAGCUGCUGUUGGACUACUGCGCUUCCAAGGGCUACAACAUCUCCUGGGAACUAGGCAACGAGCCCAACAGCUUCUGGAAGAAAGCUCACAUUUUCAUCGAUGGACUGCAGUUAGGAAAAGAUUUUGUUGAGUUGCAUAAGCUUCUACAAAAAUCAGCUUUCAAAAAUGCAAAACUCUAUGGUCCUGACAUUGGUCAGCCUCGUGGGAAGACAGUUAAGCUGCUGAGAAGUUUCCUGAAGGCUGGCGGAGAAGUGAUCAAUUCAGUUACGUGGCAUCACUACUACUUGAAUGGACGAGUUGCCACCAAAGAAGAUUUUCUGAGCUCUGAUGUGCUGGACACUUUUAUUUUAUCUGUGCGAAAAAUUCUAAAGGUGACUAAGGAAAUAAGACCCGGCAAAAAGGUCUGGUUGGGAGAAACAAGCUCUGCCUACGGCGGGGGAGCGCCCUUGUUGUCCAACACCUUUGCUGCUGGCUUUAUGUGGCUGGAUAAGUUGGGCAUCUCAGCCCAGAUGGGCAUAGAGGUGGUGAUGAGGCAGGUGUUCUUCGGAGCCGGCAACUACCACCUAGUGGACCAAAACUUCCAGCCUUUACCUGAUUACUGGCUAUCUCUUCUGUUCAAGAAACUGGUAGGUCCCCAGGUGCUAAUGGUGCAAGUGAAAAGCCCAGACAGAAGCAAACUUCGAGUGUAUCUGCAUUGCACAAACACCCACCACCCAAGAUAUCGGGAAGGAGAUUUAACUCUGUAUGCCUUGAACCUCCAUAAUGUCACCAAGCACUUGAAGUUGCCCUAUCAAUUGUUUAACAAGCCAGUGGACAAGUAUCUCCUAAAGCCUUUUGGACCUGAUGGGUUACUUUCCAAAUCUGUCCAGCUGAAUGGUGAAACCCUGAAGAUGGUGGAUGACCAGACUCUGCCGGCUUUAACAGAGAAACCACUCCGCCCAGGAAGCUCCCUGGGCAUGCCUGCCUUCUCCUAUGGGUUUUUUGUCAUAAGAAAUGCCAAAAUUGCUGCUUGUUUAUGAAAAUAAAAAGGCAUACAGUAGCCCUGA